CAGGGCAGUACAGCCCGCUCACUUUGCUUAACUACCAGCCGCUCACGGUGCGUUUCGAACGCGCCAGUCACCUCAGCGACCAUGAAAGGCAAGGGGACGGUGACGCCUCUCUCCUCCGUCUUCUCAGUUGAAGACACUCAGAAAGCAGCGCAGCGCGUGCAUGACACGAUCGCCCAGAAAGACCUGGAGCUCGAACGCCUCCUUGGCUUCGUCGCCGACAACACUGACCUCAUUAACCUCGUCGGCCGCCUCCCCGAUCACCUCCACCACGACAUUAUGGUUCCGUUUGGGAAGGCAGCAUUUUUCCCUGGGCGUUUGGUGCACACCAAUGAGUUCAUGGUUCUACUGGGAGAAGGUUACUAUGCCGAAAGGACGUCGAAGCAAACAGUAGAUAUUUUGAACAGAAGAGGGAAGGUGUUGGAGUCCCAACUCGAUUCGCUUAAGGCCAUGGUUCAGGAUCUCAAAGCUGAGGCUUCCUUUUUCAAUGCUACCGCCUCCGAAGCAGCGGAGGGCCUUGUAGAGAUUAUGGAAGAUUAUGAGGAGGAAAGUUCUUCUGACAGAGAAAGUGCACUGAAGCAAGAUUCUCCUAAGAAUUCUGGAACUGUCAUUACAGAACAUGUGGAUGAAGAUGAAGAAUUUGCUCGUAUGAUGGCUAGGAUGGAUGAACUUGAGAAAGAAGAACGUGAAGCUGAAAGUCAGAUGUCACAAAGUGAUGAGAAUGAGGAAGUUCAGCUCGGUUUGCAUCAACUUUCCGAUCAAAAAUCUCUCCAUGGGAAUCUGAAAACCUCGGGGCAGUCCCAGUCCAGGAAAUCUCCACAGCAAACAAAAGAUGGAAUUGCUUCUAACAAAGAUAGUUUUACUGAUGAGCCAAGUUGUUCCGGUCUGGAAACAAUAUCUGCAGAUAAAUUGUCACAUGGAAAUAUAUUGGCUCGUAAUGUAAAAAGUGUUGCUGAGAAAGAUUUUGUGUCUCCGGUAGUUGAGAACUUUCAGACUGUGCCCUCAUCAAGAAGUCAGGUUCCUCUCGAGAGUUCAAAACCGAAAUUUGAGAGAGAGAAAGCUUUUACAGGUUCUAUUGUUGAGCACGCUGAUAAUCUACAGAUAAAAUCAAGGGAAAGAACUACAGCUACAUCACAGUCCUCUGCUUCUCAAGUUUCAAAGCCAGUUUCAAGAUUCAAGAUGCAGAGAAAAUAGUUGCUAUAUUAUUAGAAAAGUAAUUGUGGAAACACCCAAGUAUAAGGUUGAUUUUUGAAUCCCAACUGUAGGCUAGAUACGAGGUUAAAUAGUUAACCUUUUGUAUAAUGUUGAAAAUGAUAUAGAAAUAUCCUUUGAGUUCAUAUAUACCAAUGAAAUGUUUGCGGUUG